GAGGGAGAGGCAGUAGGAGGGCAGGACUGUCAGAAACCCUCCCAGAGAGCAGCAGAGGGAGGAGGACUCAAGCUAGCAGGCUAACUAGCUGCUAGCCGGCUAACCUGGAGCUGAAAUGUUUCCUCUGAUGGUCCAGGAUCUGAGGGGUCCAGGGGUCUGAGGGUCUGAGGGGUCUGAGGGGUCGAGCCAUGACUUUACAGCCUCGUGUGGUUGAUGUGUCCGAGCUUUGAGUUAUGCUCUCACGAAAGAAAAGUAAAAACGAAGCUUCCAAACCGGCUGAGGUCCACGGGAAGUACGUGAAGAAGGAAACGUCUCCGCUGCUCAGGAAUCUUAUGCCCUCGUUCAUCCGUCAUGGACCUACAAUCCCCAGACGAGCAGAGGUCCCCCUUCCCGACAUGGGGCCCUCUGCUGCCUACCCCGUGCAGCCGAGCCGGGAGCCCGUGGUCUCCCGCAACAAGAGCUUCCUCCGCCCCCCCGUGCAGAGGCCUCCUCACGAGGUGGCCCGCAGAGAAAGCCACCGCAUGUCCGCGCCUCCGUACCUGCCCCGCAGUUUGGGAGACCUGCCCCACGAGUACGGGGGCUCCUCACAGUCCUUCCUCACAGACGUGAGCCCCAUGUCUGAGAACGGGGACGCUGCCCGGUAUUACUACCCCUCUGAACCUUACUAUGACAACCAGCAGCACCAACAGCAGCAGCAGCAGCAGCAGCAGCAACAACAACAACACCAGCAGCAGCAGCAGAGGCAGCAGCAGCAGCAGGCCAGGAGGGUCCCAGAGCGCUUCCCUGAGGACUAUAGAUACUAUGAGCACAAUGAACACAACUUCCAAAGAGUUCCACGGCAGCACACUCCCCCGGCUCCCAGCAGACCUCCUUCAGGCAUAGGUCGAAUCCAGGCCAAGUCCCUCGGGAACCUCUCCAGUCUGACAGGAGAGGACAUCCCACUUCCUGGCGGCUGGACCGUGGACUGGACCAUCCGAGGCAGGAAGUACUACAUCGACCACAACACCAACACUACACACUGGAGCCACCCUCUGGAGAGGGAGGGGCUCCCCCCGGGCUGGGAGAAGGUGGAGUCGGCUGAGUUUGGAGUCUACUAUGUGGAUCACAUCAACAAGAGGGCUCAGUACCGCCACCCCUGCGCUCCAAGUGUGCCUCGCUACGAUCAGCCUCCUCCGUUACCGCCUCCCGUCGCCUAUCAGCCUCGUCCUGCAGAGAGGAACCAGCCGGUCCUGGUGCCAGCAAACCCGUACCACACGGCAGAGAUCCCAGACUGGCUCCAGGUGUACGCCCGGGCCCCACUCAAGUACGACCACAUCCUGAAGUGGGAGCUGUUCCAGCUGGCGGACUUGGACACGUACCAGGGCAUGCUGAAGCUGCUCUUCAUGAAGGAGCUGGAGCACAUCGUCAAGUCGUACGAGGCGUACCGGCAGGCGCUGCUGUCGGAGGUGGAGGCCCGUAAGCAGCGGCAGCAGUGGUACGCCCAGCAGCAGCCCAACAAGAACUUCAUGGGGAACAUGUGAAGCGUGUGCGUGCGUGAGCGUGUGUGUGUGUGUGUGUGUGCGUGCAGCGGGGACGCCUCGCUGCCACGCCCUCGCUGAGGUCGCCGCAGUUUGGGAGCGGUCAGGGUUUUCCUUUGAAAUCAUCCUCCGCUCUUAAUUUCCUCUUUUACCAAAACACAUCUGUGCCUUCGCUUGAUCCAAAUAUAUCAGCCAACCAGGAGGGGAGGAGAGGAGGGGAGAGGGGGGGAGAGGAGGGAGGCACGUCUCCCCUCUGUGAGACACUCAAUCAACGAAUGAACGUGUGACUGAAAGAAAAACACUCCAAUGAAGAAAAGGAAGCGGUGACGUGCAGCAGCCUCUGAGACUUUGUUUUAAAGACUGAGGAGCGUUUGGAUCCAAACAUCCUGACUGAGGGCCUGACGCGGCGUUCAGAGGAAACGGCGGACUGCUCCUUUAACGUCUCUGUUUCAGAUCCCUUCUCCUGUUUGCUCUGUUACUCAUAAACCGAACACACACUCGCAUUAAACAAAGAGUGUGUGCUUCUCCUUUUGUAUGACCUUUCUAUGACAAUCCAUCUGAGCGCUCACAGAUAUUUAUACGUCUUUAAUUAAAGACCUCUGACGGAAGAAGAAGAAGCGUCUCGCCUGAUGCGGCGGUUUGAGCGUCUCUUGGCUCUCGGCAUUACUGUAAGUCAGGAAUACUCUCCUGUGUGCGUGUGUGUGUGUGUGAGAGAGAGAGAGUGUGUGUGUGUCUGUGUGUGUGAAUUGAAACAUGAAUAAGCUACUGGAACUUUAUGAAACACUUCAAAAGAAACACAAGUUUGCCAAAAAGUGCAAUUCAGCUUCUUCUUCUUCUUCUUCUUCUCCUGAAUAUCUCUCUCCUCAGUAAUGCCUUAUCUUUAUGGACUGACGUCUUCUUGAGGUUCUUAGAAACGAGUUCAAGCCUCUCUGAGACGUCUGAAAUGUUUUAAUGAUGAAGUUUGUCUCGUGUACCUGACGGAAGCUUCCUAUCAAUCCCUGCACCAUGAGGGGAAUAAGACGGACGUUUUAUUACACUAUUAUUCUAAAAUAUAAAACUCCUCCCUCACAUUAUUUACCUUCAUGCAGCGUCUGAUCAGGUAACAGUGGAUCAUGUUUGUGAAGAACCUCUCUGAGUCCUUCAUGAUGCAAAAAAAAAAAGGUCUCGUUUAAUGUUUAAUGAGCGGCUUCAUCAGUUUGUACAUAUCUGAGUUUGUGGAUUACAGAAUACAGAACAUGAGAAAUAAAGUCUGCAGUGAAGAAAA